AUGGCAGAUGAGAUUGCUAAGGCCCGGCCGGAACUUGCGAAAGAGCUCAAUGAGGGAUUUGUUGCCGAGUACAAGUGCAUCUUCGCCAUCUCCCACAACACCCCCGAUGCUCCCUCCAUGCCUGAUGCUACGGUGCACAACGUCUACUACGACUACUGCUCGGCCAUCUCCACCACUGGCGUUCCAGGCCGAGUCUUCUGGUUCCUCUUCGUCAAGCUACCAGAGGCAAUCCGAACGCCGACUUGCCCGCGCUUUGGACAAGAAGACACGGAAAAGACCAUUGAACAGUAUGGUAGCAGAAACCCGGGGCCAACGUACACGAUCAGAGAUCUGUGGGACGCGCGGGUCAAGGCGACGAUGGUUCCAUUGGAGGAGGGAGUUCUGACGAAGUGGAGCCACGGUCAUGUCGUUCUCGUUGGGGAUUGCAUCCACAAACAGGCCACGGCCAACCCUGGACUUGGCGGGAAUACCGCGUAUGAAGGUAUUGCGUGCUUUACCAAUGGUCUUGUCCAGCUCCUCACAUGUUCACCGGUUCCGUCGCUGGAGGAGCUUACAGCUUGUUUUCAGAAGUUCGAAGAGGUGCAUCGCCCCAGAGCCGAAUCCAUCGUCAAUAUUCCGGGUAUUAUCACGCGGUACGAAGCUCAGGACACACGGUACUUGAAAGCGGCAUCUCGCUGGUUGAUUCCUUGCGUGAGUGACGUGUGCAAGGCCGAUGCCUAUGUUUCAUCCUUUGCAAAUGCGCCGUACCUCAACUAUCUCCCAAACCCGGAAGUUGGGGUGGAAUCUCCAGCUAAGCUGUGA